GGCGCGUGCUCUGCCCGCCCCGGGGGGCGCGCGGUGCGGCAGGGGCGCGCGUGCCCCGCGCCAGCCGCGAGCCCUCCCGACAGCGCCCAGGGAGGAGCUGCCCGCGGGGGUAACGCCCGCUAAUUGUGUUGCAUUUACGGGUAUUUUUAUCAUUUCGAGGGUCUUUCUUAGCCGCACGGUACUGCCGUACUUCCGCUUAUCAGGCGUGCUGCCUUAGGCCUCAAAGCCGUGCGAUCGGUACGUGGGGUUUUGCAGUUCUAAGUGCCCUGCUGAGCGUUACUGCCUCUGACCGGCUGUCAGCCCCGGGCCUCUGCCUCAGGAGCGCAGCGGUCUUCCCAAGUGACGAGCCGCGCCGCUGCCGGCCAAUUGCGGCAGUUUAACCCUUCUAAACCUUUACAGGGCGCUAAUGAUAGCGGGCCUGAUCCGGACGCGGCUUCCUCAGCGAAGCGCCCCGUCGGUUUCACCGGGGGAUUUCUCCUGGGCUGCCCCUUACCGGGCGGGGGGCUCCCUCCAGCGCUCCCGAAAGCCAGAGAGAGGGCGAGCGCUGUGUUUGUUUCUUUGCAAGGAGACCUCCUCAGGCACCCCGAGCGACGUUGCUCCCCGGCCUUUUGCAAUAUAGAGGGGAAGCAGGCCAUGGUGAACCCCGGCGGCAGCUCGCAGCCGCCCCCGGUGACGGCGGGCUCCCUCUCGUGGAAGAGGUGCGCCGGCUGCGGGGGGAAGAUCGCCGACCGCUUCCUGCUGUACGCCAUGGACAGCUACUGGCACAGCCGCUGCCUCAAGUGCUCCUGCUGCCAGGCGCAGCUGGGGGACAUCGGCACCUCCUGCUACACCAAGAGCGGCAUGAUCCUCUGCAGAAACGACUACAUCAGGUUAUUUGGAAAUAGUGGUGCUUGCAGUGCCUGUGGACAGUCCAUUCCUGCUAGUGAGCUGGUCAUGAGAGCACAGGGCAACGUCUAUCAUCUUAAGUGUUUUACAUGCUCUACCUGCCGGAAUCGCCUGGUCCCCGGAGAUCGGUUUCACUACAUCAAUGGCAGUUUAUUUUGUGAACAUGAUAGACCUACAGCUCUCAUCAAUGGCCAUUUGAAUUCACUUCAGAGUAAUCCACUACUGCCAGACCAGAAGGUCUGCUAAAAGGUCAGAGUAAUGCAGAAUGCGUGCCUUCAUCUCAAAUUUUGUUCAUCACAGAUGGAUCCCAUGUCUCCAAGUAGACAAGUCACCUUUGUAGCUAGCAUCAAUGCCAGCUCCAUACCAUUGCACCUUCUUUAUUCUUGAUUGCCCUUCCCACAUUUAUUGGUGUAUUAAAAUGACUGAAUAUGAACAUUAAGGACUCCAUGAACCUGGGCUAAUGGGAGACUGUAGAGAAAAUGAAAAAAGAUCCACCGGAGGACAUCUGGGGGGGGGCGGGAGGGUGGGGGGUGGGGGGGGGAAGAUGACUAAUGAAGCUAAUUAAAAGAAGCAUUGAAAUCUGCUUUCUACCCUCAUUAACAAUUAGCAGGGCACUGGCCAGUUUGUACCCUGUGUUUUACCUUAACAACAUUCUAUUUGCUCUUUGUAUAUUUAAGUGUUGUAAGGAAAUGUGUUUCAAUCAAACUGAACAUGAGAUAAAGAUGUGGCUUUUGUGAUAUUCUAUCACAAACACUUUUAUUGUAUCUCUGUAAAAUACAAUGUAUGUAUGCAUGUAAGUGUUUUUGUCCUAAUGUUGCUACUUCCCAUGGCAAAAAAAAAAAAAAAAGAAAAAGGAAAAAAAAAAGUCAGGCUCAUAGCAGCUACUGUGUAGAAAUUUUCACCUACUUCUAAUUUGCUGAAUGAAGAAAAAUCUUUUAUUUGUGAUAUUUUCAGAGACAUUUGCUCUAGUAUGGUGUAUUUAAAUAAUAAAAAAGUAAAACAAACAA